AUGUAUGGAAUACUAUUUUCGAUCGUCUUCAUAUUUGCUACGUUUUGUUUCUGUGCGGCUAGCGAAUUUGACUAUACGAUUGAAAUUCGUCCCGGGAAAUAUGAAUGUUAUUUCCAGCCGGUUAGCAACCCGAAACACAAGACGAUGGAGAUCGACUAUCAAGUAAGUUUGUUCUUUGUUAUAUUGUUUAUGGUUUAGGUAAUUGAUGGCGGUGAUUUGGAUGUUAACUUUAUGGUUAUCUAUGGAGCUGACAUGAUUGUUCAGGAUCACAAGAAAACUGAAGCAAACCACAAGUAAGUUGAGGUUACUGGUAGUUUUAGUUAGCAUAUAUAGUUCUAAAAGUUAUGUUUUACAAAAUCAAGUUGUCUAUGUGUUGUAUAACUUAUUUUUAAUAGCUGUAUGGCUUAAAAUAAAGUAUUUGUUUUGCCUUACCUAAAAACAGUUUUCUUUCUUAAACUUUUUUCAAUUACAGGAUUCAAGUGCAAGGUCAAGGAGAUUACCAGUUUUGUUUCGAUAACACAUUCAGUUACCAAGCUCGUAAAGUUGUCUACUUCGAAGUCUUUUUGAUGGACGAGCACGGAAACGUUGAAGAUGUUGAUGUAGGUCAAUACGGACAAGUUGAUGAGAAGACUAAAGAAAAGCUGAAAGAUUUGGGUAUGACAAUGGAGUCGUUUGCUCAAGGUACGAACAAGAUCAAAGGAAAUUUGAACCGAGUUGAAUAUUAUCAAUCUGUGCUGAGAUCUUACGAACAUCGAGACAAGGCUAUUAUGAAUGCAAAUCACUCAAGAGUGACAUUCUGGUCGUUCAUCAACACUGUAGUUUUGUUUGUUGUCGCUGUUCUGCAGGUUUACACUAUUAGGUCGUUGUUUGAGGAGAAUUCGAAAGUAGGAAAGUUGUUGAGAAAGAGUGGUUAAGGGUAGAUAGUAUUAAAGGAUAAUAUGUUAUGACAAGACAGCUAUCAUAACGUUUUAAAGUAUCUAAAUUAAUAUAUUGAAGAAGCGAAAAAACAGUUUUGUAAAUAAUUUAAAGAUUUUAUGGGACAUUUAUGGCAAUUUUAGCAUUUAUGGAUUUUAAUUUAGGUAUUUAAAGGUAUUUUUUAAUUUAAUAAUUAUUAGCUUAAAAUUUUUUAUUGAUUUGGGUAGCAAGAAAACUCUAAUUUUGUAACAUUCUAAUGUCAGCUAACAUUGUUUAGACUUUUAUUCAAAGACGUCGAUGGCUAUUUUUUUGGAAGAAAUGUGAUUAUCUGACAUUUUUGAAUGAAAUGUCUAGUAACUUAUUGCUUCUUGUAUAAUUUGAAUUUCACAUAUCAUUUGCAUAAUUCACGGUUACUAUAUUCUAACUUAUUUUUUUUCAAAUAAAUUAUUUAUUUUAUUUUGAUAUUGUUAUUUACACAGCAGGUCAAAGCCGGUAUUUGUUACUUCGUAGUAGUUUAUGAGCUUUUUAUGCUCAUUAGCAGCUUUUUUGAAAUGUUUUUUUAAACAAUAUUUUCGGUGUAAACACGUGAAUUUGUUUUGAAGUUGAAAUAUUUUCUUUUGGUCAAAAAUAUUGUUGAAAGGUUGUAUUUUAGAAGUUUCUUUUGCCUUUUGUACUGUUUUAAUUAACGAUUUAUCUUGAUUUAAUUUUCGAUCUUAUACAUAACAUUUUCAGGCCAAAAUGCCUUUGAUAAGGCCGUUGUCUUUCAUAUUAUGUUUCCUCCUCAUAUCUACUACAAUAUCCCAAGUGAAAGUCAACUUUGAUGAGCCAAAAGAAGAAGUGAUCAUGGUGUUAAAAGUAGAACCAGGUAAAAUCGACUGUUUCUACGAACGUCUCAACAAUCCGAAACAUGUACAAAUCGAAACGGACUUCCAAGUAACUGAAGGUGGAGAGUUGGACAUUAGUUUCCAUGUCAAGAACCCCAAAGGCUUGAUUGUGGCAAAAGAUUAUAAGCAGAUAAAUGGUGAGCAUAAGAUAAACCUGGAACAUCCGAACAACGGUCAUGGUGAAUAUGAGUUCUGUUUUGAUAACAGCUUCAGUACGACUACUGCUAAAACGGUAAGACUUUAAUUUAAAUUUGGGGUUGAUUUUUUAGGUAUGGUUUCGUUAGAAUUUUACUUUGGGACUUGCUGUAUAUGCUUUGAAGUAUAAGUUUCUUGUUACCUAUGUUCAUCUCUGAUAUUCAUAUUAUUCUUUCACAUUUUAUGACUCAAUAUAUUACUUAUUGUAAUUUUGUUGUUUUAGGUAUACUUUGAGCUCUUUUUGCUAGACAAAGACGGCAACUUUAUUCAGGAGAGAGACUUGAAAAUGUUUACGAAUGAUUCUAUAUCUGAACGUGUGGCUGGCUUUGAUGUAAGUUUUAUAUAUCUUACUGUUUAGCGGUGUAAUUUCUAAAGUAUAUAAUGUAGAAUAAAUUCUUAUAACGGUUUGUUUAUAAGGUAUAAUAAAGCAUAUAGUAUAUUACUUUGGGUUAAUAGUAAUCAUUAUAAAUUUCAGCGAAUCACUUUGAAACUGAAGAGAGACAUGAACGAGAUCGAGAAGCAUCAAACCCACAUCAGAGCUGUCGAAUCUAGAGACAGAAGCAUCGUAGAGCACAACUUUGAACGUGUCAACUUCUGGAGCGUUCUCAAUACGGUUGCCAUCUUCUUGAUGACUUUGCUUCAGAUAUACACUAUCAGAGCACUAUUGACCGAAGACUCGAAGGUUGGUCGAGUGUUGAGAAAGGGACGAUUGAACGAUUAA